UAACAAUAUGAACGUUCCUGCUUGUGAUGUUAAGAAGUGCAAGAAAGAGUCCAAACUCUACCUUAGCAAUAAGAACAUGUACUUAUGUGAGAAAUGCUUCAAAGCAAGGUAUUGGGGUUUAGAGUUUAAUCAUAUUCAUAAGUACCCUAAAGAAGAAUUUGUAAACCUAAUUGACCCUGAGGAUGCAAUCGAGACCAUAGAUAACCUUCAUCGAUGCACUCAGAUCCUAUUGGAGGGAACUGAAACCUUUGAUGAAGAGCAUGAAGUUGAAGAAUGUAAAGCCUUAGCGGCUAGAUAUGAAGAAGAAGUCAGAGGUCUUAGAACCAAACUUCAAGCUUCUCAAUCAAAUGGAUCCUACUACGAAUUUACACACUUGGCAGAUACGGCUCAGGAUAUUUUGAGAACUCUCAAAAAUGAAGAUCUGUUGAGGGAGCUUGCAGUUAUAAAAUUGUUAGAACAAAGUGAUGAUGCUAAUGUUUCUGCAGACGAAAUCGCUAAAAUGAAGAGACAGCUCAAGAAGGACUACGACGACAAAAUAUACGAAAACAGAGAAAUAGCAAAGGAAUAUAGUCAAAAUUUACUGGAUAACGAUCUUCUCAAGAAAAAGCUAGCAGAUUUGAAGGAAAAACACGAGAAAUCUGAAGCUGAAAAGGAUCGUAUCAUUGAGGAAAUUAUCGCAGAAAAUAAAAAGCUAACUGACGAACUUGCAAUAGAGAAACAAAAGACCAUGGAGGUACUCGAAGACAGAGACCAGGCUAUUUUCAAUGCCCAACAGGCAAAGGAGGAGGCUGACAAGCUCAAGGAAGAGAUCAAAGCAAAGGAUUCUGAGAUUCAGCAAAUUAAAGCCCCAAAACACUCCCUCAAAAUUCCACUGCUCCAACCCUCAAGCCUCCGCUCAAUAACCCCCUACUCUAUUUCACCUAAACCUCCAUCUGCUCCUACCAGGUUAAGCUUGUCCUGCUACUCUUACUCUGAGUUCGAAUCCUUCCUCGAUGAAAUCACUGGGGAGAACUGGACUUUUGGAUCUGACACUUAUAAUAUGUGAGGCCUUCCUCUCUCUCUGUAUGAUACGAAACAGAUGAAAGUGUUAGUCAAACUUAAGAAAAGAGUUCCUGAUGUCAAAUUUGUGGACAUUUCAUAUAUUCCGGUUGAUAACGAAGAGGCUAAAGAGUUACUGGCAACCUAUUUUCCGAACAAAGUAAAGGAGCUUAGUUUUAACUACAAUUCUUCUUUAGGAUGAAUUAGUUAUUACUAUGAAGCUUUGUUAUCAGUUGCUUCUUGAGUUUUCGAGGAAGUAGUGCUCUACAAUUUUAAAAUAUCUCAGAGCCAAGCUGUCAGCCUCCUAUCUGCCUUCCGACACGUCAAAGUGUUUACUUUUGGUGCUUGCACAUUAACCAUAAGUUCGGUUCCUGAUAUGGAGGACCUCAUGAAUGAUUCACAUAUUACAAGAUUGGGGUUGGGGAAUUGAGGAAAUGAGAGUCAUGGAAAUUGGAGUAAAGACAGCAAUUGUUUCCAGAACUUAAUGGCUGGAUUGGCGAAGUCUAGAGACUUCAAAACUAAUAUUCUAAUGGUGAAGAUGUGGGAUAGUGAUUUAGAGAAAAGUAACAGAAGGACCAUUCUGGAUAACUGUGGACUCAGGCAUGUUGAGACUUAAAGUUAAUUGAUUGUAAAAUGUUGGUUU